ACGGACGGUACGGGACGAUACGAGAGCUAGUAUAGGGAAACGAAAGCGAGAACCGGGGAUGAUCUCGCCGCGAGCCGUGACUGGUCGGCCGAUGCGCCGCCGAAUAAACAUCGUAGCUCACCGAUAAUAGCCGAAGCGCCGUAAGGUGCCGCUCGGGAGCGAGACCGAGAGAGAGAGAGAGAGAGAGACGUCGUGCGAACGCCAUGGUGUGCGACUGGCUACGUCACUGUUGUCGUCGUCGUUAAAAAAUUGGCGAGAAAAGUAUCCGGUCGCGUUUACUCCCUCCUCAGAAAGGGUGGAGGUGUCUUAAUCGCGAGAGGUGAGCGAGAACGAGGGAAAGAAAGAGGGACCGAUACGGCACUCGGCAAGCGAGAGACGCGAAGUUAGCCGCGCGUCUCGCUCGUUUUUAAAAGUCUCGCGUCGCAUCCGCCGCGCGGAAGCACCGCAUCGUCUCCUAGGCAAUCGGAGCGAUUCCGUUCGGUGCAGUGUGUCACGUACGAGGCCGCGUGCGCGCGCGCGCUCGCGUGUGUGUCGCGAGUGCCCCCUUCUCUGUGUGUGCGCGCUUCUGUGUACGUCGAGAGGAGAGUGCGUUACGGUUCCUACGAGGUGAGCUUUUUAGUACGAGUACUGUCGGGCGAGAGCGUGGCCGCGUUACCGGUGUCUCGUUGGGGGUCUCUCGCUCGUCUCGUCGUGUCAUCGUUCGUCUUCGUCUACGUCUUCGUCGUAGGAGUCGGUCGCGCCCGUCGUGUUGUCCGAUCGCCGAGAAUCUCUCUCUCUCUCUCUCUCCCCAUUUCGUGAAUCGUCGAGUGUCGUCGGCAGUUAACGGCAUCCGAGAGUGCAUCGUGCAUCGCGGUCGGCGGAGCCCCGGCUGGCUCUCUUCGCGAAAGAGAAGUGCGCCAUGAGAGAGAGGGAUAAAUCGGUGACUGGCGGGCGGCGGCCAUCUUCCAGAUGAGUUUUUCCUUCUUUCUUCCGAUAAACCGAGCGCGCUAUGUCGUGAGAGAGAGAAGCCAGAGGGAGCGAGAGAGAUCGUAAGAGACCGAUUGAUAGACAGACAGAGAGAGAGAGAGAGAGAGAGAGAGAGAGAGAGAGAGAGCGCGCGAGAGUAGGAAGAAGAUAUUACAUACGCGUUUUAUCAUGCAACGAGAGAUGCGGUGAACGGCGCGUGCUGUUUGGCGGAGUCACGAAAUUUCACGAGCGCGUGUCGCCGCUAACACAACCAGUUUUCGCUCGUGAGAAGGAGAGAAACUAUCCGCGCGCGCGAGAGAGAGAGAGAGAGAGAAAAGCAGAAACGUAUUAAGAAGUACGUUUGCGUUCUUUCGCGCGUGCGAGAAAGAGAGAGAGAGAGAGAGAGAGGACACACCGGUGAAGCGAACCAGAGCGGAAGACGGAGAAAACGGAAGCGGUGCGGAGAGUCGACCGAUUACCGCGCGUUCGUUCGUAAUCGCGUCGUUUUCGCGAGCGAAGAAAGAGGAGAAGAAGGAAGAAGAAGAAGAAAAAAGAAACGCGUGGGUGACAUCGGGUAGUUGCAGGGAAAAAAGAGAGAGAGAGAACUUGGAAGCCUCCCCGGAAGUCGAGAGUGCGAAAAAUUGCGCGGAUGCUACCGCGGUGCGGCCCACCCGGUACAUCGCGAUCGAGAGAGAGUGUGUAGUGUGAGAUCAAUAAUGAGACAGGUGCUCUCAUUGGUGUAAAGCGAUGCGGCGGAGCUGAGAGUUUUGUCGGGCGGCACUCUGGGGCUCAUGAAAAGUGUAUCCGGUGUGCGUAACGUCGCCGUCAAGGACCACCGCGUCGCGAGACAUUCGACCGAGUUGCUGGAUCAGUGUGAUUAUUAUAAUGUAGUGCCAACAAAGCAGAUGGAUAAACAGGGAUGACUGAUAAUUGCUGGAACUCUGGUGGUGGCGCUGGCGUCAAGAUGGAGCACUUUCAGGCCACCCUGGACCCAAGGAAGCAGGAGUUAUUGGAGGCCCGCUUUCUCGGAGCGAGGAUGUCUGCUGGGUCACAAAUUCAGAUGGCACCCCAAACAACCGUAAACUCUGGUCAGACAGUUCAUAGUCAAGACUCGAACAUGAGCACUGGCUCAUCGCAUAGUGAUAAGGAGGUGGAUGCAAACACUCCGGAAAAAGUACCAAGGACUACUUCUGAGAGGAAAAGAAAACGUAAGGCUGAUGACGGAGGUGGGGGUGUUCCAAGUGGCUCUGUAACGAAUAAGGGCGCUAGAUCAGUCGCGGUCCUUGAUAAUAAAAAGAUCAAUGAGUAUUUCCCAAAGCAUCAUCUGGGAAAUAGUCCUAUUCGCCAUGGUGGUGCCAAGAGUCCCUCUCCUCAACAGGGUUAUCCCAUGUAUCCACCAUCGCCUCAACAGUUACUUUCACCACAAGUAACGACACCUAAUGCUUCGGUGGCUGAAUUCUCUUCGUUGAUGCAGCCACCAAGACCUCAUCCUCAACCUCCACCGCCUCCACCGCCAGCUUCGACACAACCUGCGGGUUCGAUGGUCAGCAAGCAGGUGCAGGUAAGGCCUACCAACCUCAAUAGGACAAGCCAGGUCAGGCAAGCGAAGAUUAACACCCCAAAUACAGAACUUACUUGCCAGAGGAUACAGGAAUUCGAAACUCAAGCCUCUUCAGACUUAGAAUUACGUAACAACAAAAUUGACGAAUUAAAUAGGACGACGGACGAACUUAGGCAUCAAAUUGCUAAUCAACAAAAAGUGAUUGAGCAACAUAAAUCACAUAUAAAUAAGUGUAUAGACGUUGUAAAGAAGUUAUUAAAAGAAAAAUCAAACAUAGAAAAAAAGGAGGCUAGGCAGAAGUGUAUGCAAAAUAGACUAAGGUUGGGUCAAUUUGUGACGCAAAGGGUGGGCGCGACUUUUCAAGAGAACUGGACCGACGGUUACGCGUUUCACGAACUUGCUCGGCGGCAAGAGGAAAUAGCGACCGAACGGGAAGAAAUCGACAAGCAGAAGAAGCUGCUGCUCAAGAAGAGGCCGUCGAACAGCGAGACCGGCAGGAAACGUAGUCAACCGCAACCUUCCUUGCAUAACGGCACAGAAGCAACGUUUUUGAAGCCGGAUGCAGUACCUGGGUCAUAUACGUGGCAGGAGUAUUAUGAAGCUGACGAAAUACUCAAGUUAAGACAAAGCGCGUUGAAGAAAGAAGACGCGGAUCUGCAAUUAGAAAUGGAGAAGCUCGAAAGAGAGCGGAACCUACACAUCAGAGAAUUGAAGCGUAUUCACAACGAGGACCAAUCGAGAUUCAAUUCCCAUCCUGUUUUAAAUGAACGUUACCUUCUGCUCAUGUUAUUAGGAAAGGGCGGCUUCAGCGAAGUGCAUAAGGCUUUUGACUUAAAGGAGCAACGGUACGUGGCUUGUAAGGUGCACCAAUUAAAUAAAGACUGGAAAGAAGAUAAGAAGGCUAAUUACAUAAAGCAUGCAUUACGAGAAUAUAAUAUACACAAGGCAUUGGAUCAUCCGCGAGUUGUAAAAUUAUAUGAUGUAUUUGAAAUUGAUGCCAAUUCCUUUUGUACUGUUCUGGAAUAUUGUGAUGGUCAUGAUUUAGAUUUUUACCUCAAACAGCAUAAGACUAUACCCGAGAGAGAAGCGAGAUCUAUUGUUAUGCAAGUCGUAUCGGCAUUAAAGUACCUCAAUGAAAUAAAACCCCCAGUCAUACAUUAUGAUCUAAAACCAGGUAACAUUUUGUUAACCGAAGGUAAUGUGUGCGGCGAAAUAAAAAUCACAGACUUUGGUUUAAGUAAAGUUAUGGAUGAGGAAAAUUAUAAUCCAGAUCACGGAAUGGAUCUAACAUCCCAAGGAGCGGGUACUUAUUGGUAUCUACCUCCUGAAUGUUUCGUCAUUGGCAAAAAUCCUCCUAAAAUAUCGUCCAAAGUUGAUGUCUGGAGUGUAGGAGUUAUAUUCUACCAAUGCCUAUACGGUAAAAAGCCCUUCGGUCAUAAUCAAUCGCAAGCCACCAUAUUGGAGGAGAAUACGAUAUUGAAGGCCACAGAAGUCCAGUUUGCGAAUAAGCCGACCGUCAGUAACGAAGCGAAGAGUUUCAUAAGAAGUUGCCUAGCGUAUAGAAAGGAGGAGCGCAUAGACGUACUGACAUUAGCUAGACACGAAUACCUACAACCCCCAGUGCCAAAACAUGGCCGCCAAGCGAACAGCCAGCAGCAACAGCAACAGCAGCAAAUACAGCAGCAGCAACAGAGUUCGUUCAAUAUCGGCAUGUUUAGUGGUAUGAACGCGUCGAGCAGUUCGUAGUGGAGAGGAAGAACUAAGGACGAAAUCCUCGAUAUAUACUAAUACAUGCCAAAUCUUGAGCGCUCGGACUGUGCACACCAUCUCAUCUUAGGGAAAUAACGAUUACUAUAAUCAAUUGUAAAUACUAAAAACCGGAUACUAUCACCGUCACUACCACCCACCACUACUACCACUACCACCACCACCACUACUAUUACCAUAACUACCACCGCCAUCACCACACCGUCACAACUAUACUUACAGGAUCGACUACAUAGGACAUUGCAAGAGAGAUGCGAGACUGGUCAUCCGCAAGUCCAGAAGCUUGCGUCUUUCUACAAGCCACGCCACAUUAUUCAGCAUGACAAAAAAAACAAUGUUGUGUUCGUAAAUAUUCAAUUGUAUUAUCGUUCCUUGUAUCAAACAGUGCGCUGACUUGAUAAUAGUGUUUAAAAGAAACGAGAGAACGAGAGAGAACGAACGAGCGUGCGAACGAGAAAAUAACAUGUGAUAUGUCAUUAUGAGUUAAAAAGUGACGCUUAGAUUAAGGGGGAGGGGGGAAUUUAGAGUAUGAGAGAGCGAGAGAAAGAGAGAGAGAGAGACUACGAAUAAAAUGGCUAAAAAACGAUAAGAAUUUUUCCGAGUGGAAGCAAAAUCAAGUCGAUGAAAUGAAGAAAGCAACGAAGAAUAGGAGAAAAAAUAGGAAGAAAACGAGAAAAGCAAUCGGAGCAAUCGCUUUUACGGAGACAACGUUUUCCUCUCUCCUGAUGUUUUAGUGUGUAUGAGUGAACGCUAGAGGAUUGUUAAAAUUAGUGUGAAUGUAUAUAUUUAUACUAUAUAUAUAUAUAAAUAUAUAUAUAUAUAUAUAAACUAAUAAAUCCGACAUAAUAUAUAUAUAUAUAUGGUGUAAAAAGGACGACGACAAACAUUGACAGUGGGAAGACAACUGUGGUGGCUCUAUCCUCGCAUGACCUCCGGCGCUGGUUUCCGGCAUUCCAUGAAUGCUCGGCCUGCGUAUCAUGUUACUUUAUUCGAAUAUUAACAUUAUUACCUGUAUCAUGACUAAUAACGACUAACAUACACGCGCAUCCACACGAAACAUAUACACGACACGAUUACACGAAGGAGAUUUGAUUGGUUGUUCCUAUUCUGAAACGAGAGUGGGCUUUAUAUCUAUAAUGCCGGAACGAAUAGUCUGAUAGAAAGAGUGAAAUGAGAGAAAGGCAGAGAGAAAGAGAGCGAGCGAAAGAGAGAGAAAGAGAGAGUCGCGAUGUGCUCCCAAAGUGAAAAAAUUUAUAGGAUCGUAGUCCACUAUUCGCCAUCAUUUAAAAAAGAAAAAGAAACGUUUUCACGCGUGUAUGGUUUAAAAAAAACCCGCGACGAGAUUUGCAGUAUCGAAGCGCGCCGCGCAUAUUAUGUUUUCCCUUCUUCACUCUACCUCCUCUUUUCUUUUGUCUCCUCUCCCCCUUUUUUCUCAAAAGAAAUCGGAAGAGGGAGAAAAAAGGAAAGAGAGAGAGAAAACGGAUCCAAAUGUGUGUGUAUAGAACAAGUUUCGCGCAAAUGGCUAAACACAAUAAUAAACUAAUCUGGCGACAGUUGAAAGAAAGAAAAAAGAGCAAAUUUUUAAGGACAAGAGCCGCGAAACGCUAUACCGACCCGAUCAUUAUUUCUUUACUCGUAAUUUGUUUUAUAUAUAUGUAUGUUAUAUAUAGAUAAUUAUGAAAUAGAAGACUAAGUUAUUUUAUCAAGUGCCCUUGCUUUGUAUUAUAGUCGCGUCCGUCGACGAGCCGUAGCUUCUGGGAGUAAAAGAGAAAAAGGAGAAACGGAAUGUGUUGAGAGUGAACGAGAGAGCGAGAGAGAGAAAAAAAGAGAGACUGAGAGUGAGUGAGUGCGUGUGUUGUUAAAAAAAGUGUUGCGUCAGUUGUUGGUACAACGUGGGCACCAGGUAUUGAUGACGGCUCAAUACCAUCAAUGUGAUUGGCAAAAGUGUGGUGAGAGAGGAGAAUACAAUUACAAGUCUGAACAGAGAGUCUACUACUACUUAGAUCCGCCGCUUCAAUUUUGACAAAAAAGAGAAAAAAAGAAGGAAAAAAUGCCAACCGUUCCCACAUCCCUUAUCCUACUUCUCGUGAAAAAAAAAAGAGACACGCAGUCGCGAAUGCAUUUUUUUCUUUUAGCAAAGCAUAUUAUCUUUUGACGAUUUAUUCCUACGAUACAAUUCCGAAAUGGCAUAAUUUUGCAUCAUUGCUCAAUGUAAAUUUUUGUUUCUCUAUGAGAACUGACGUAGAUUUAAAAAAAAAAAAAAAAUUUUUUGUUGACUCGAGGAGAGAGAUAGAGAAGGCGAAGCAAAAUGUUUAAAAUAGUAAAAAUAAAUGGAAGAAUUGUCAUUCGCAUAUCUUACGAUUAUAUCGUUUUAACUUCGAAUUAAAUAGAGCUUAUAUCUUUCGAAAUUGUUAUAACCGGCCUUAAGAUAAUUGUCCGAAGGUAUAAUUCGAUGAAUAUUUAUGCCAUAUCAAAUAUCUUUUUUUGUUACCAUGAUAAAGGUACUCGAUGCUCGUAUACUUUGUGACAGGAAGGAUUUUAUAUUUGUACAUAUCUUAGGAAUCUUCAUAUGGGAAAAGGUAAUUGAUGGACUAAUCGCAUGCAUUCAAAAUAGGAACAGAGAGAGAGAGAUAGAGAGACAUUUUUUUCCAUUAUUUUAACUGCGAGCAUAAAUAGAAAGGAGAAAAAUAUCUUCUUAUCGCUUAAGGUAUUCUCACGACCUACACACUGUCAAAUAUAAUAAAUUUUUUUUAAUCUGCCCCUGCGUGUCGGCAUAGUCACGAUCUUCCUAAAGAUAAAAUGAAGUAAAAGAAACACUGGAAUUGCGUCGAGGAUGGUGUAUGAAAUGUUAUAGCAAUAAAUUUACGUAUUUGUGUAUAAUUUAAAAAAAAUUAGUAAACUUAUUAAUUAAAUAUAAAUCUCACGCAUCUCUCUCUCACGGUGUGUAUUACCCCUCGCUGCUUUUCUUUUCUAAUGAACAAACAUGUUAAACAAUGAAUUAUCGAGUCUAAAAAGAUAAAACAUUUUAUUGAUAUAUCUAUUUCGUGUAUGCGAAUUAUAUAAAAAUGAAAAUCGCUGAAGAUACAAAGUAUUGAUUAGGCUGAAAAAACGCGCGCGCGCGAGGGAUAUAUCAUAUAGUCGAAUGGUUUCGACAAAUUUAUAUAAUAAUCGGCUCUCUCUCUGAGUAUCGAAAUAUACUCACUUAACAGCAAGUGCAUAAGUCGCCGCGCUAAUUUCAAUCAUUGAUUCUUUUUUUCUUAUCCUACGAAUGAACGAUUAUAUAGAACUAGUGCAUAUAUAUAUAUAUAUAUAUAUAUAUAUAUAUAUAUAUAUAUAUAUAUAUAUACACACACAUAUAUAUAUAUACAGUCAGAAAUUGAAUUUUGAUGAACACCAGUAAAAGUCAAUUAGUUUCCUCAAUUUUUCAUAUGUGAAUUAUUAUAAAAUUGCGAAAAAAUAUCAAUUGUACACAAGAGAGAGAAAGGGAAAGAGGAACCUAAUUAUAUCAGGGAAAUUAAUCGUAACUUUCAAUUUUUCACACUUAAUCUUUUUCCUGACUGUAGUUUCAAUUAUGAUUCUCUGUUCUUAUCACACCAUAUGGACUUUCGCUCAGCAUUUUAGACUCAAAAAAACUUCUUUGUUACCUACAAUGAAACACGAGCACGAAGUAAACUUAUUUUAUUCUACGUGUGGUCAGUAUGAAGUUAAAAAUAAAACGUCCGACAGUUUUAGCUUAACCGAUAUUUGAGCGCCGCAUAGUCGUAAGAUCCGUUCUAUGUAUAUAUGUAUAAUAGACAUUUACCGCUGUGUAUAAUUUUCUUUAGUCUUUUAGAUAACCUUGGAAAAAACCAUAUUGUGACGCGUAUGUAAAAAUAUAUUUAAAUUGUGUAUAUUUCA